AUGGCAACUCGACGUUCCGCUCGAUUGAGCGCACAGCCGGAUAUCAAGAUCCAGCCGCCCGCAGUCAAGCCUCCGCCCAAGCAGCCAACCCGCAAAAGGAAAUCUCCCGCAGAACCUACCGGUGCAGCCCCGGCCUCGGACCCGGUCACACCUCCGAGGAAACGGGGCACCAAGGCCGCGGCUCCCGUCACCCCCGUGCUUCCGCCGCCGAUAACACCCACUCCGAGCGCCGUGGGGUUCAUCGCCGAGAGAGCAAACGGCACCGCAAAGCCCCGCUCGAGGGCGGUCAACCGGCUUGCUGACCCGAAGACAACAAAUGCGCCGGUAAUCUCUCCGGAGAGCUCAAGAGUCCUCGCCUCUGAUCCCGUCGAGGCACCAUCGCCGUCCAAGCUAUCCAGCGAAGUCACAGCGGCUGCUGGUCCAGGAGCGAAGCAGACGACGACGGCGAAUAUCCUCGAGGAGGCAUGUCGUCAUCUCAUCGAGGUCGACCCUCGAAUGCAGCCCCUCAUCGAGAAGAACCACUGUCGCGUCUUCUCUCCGGAGGGCCUCGCGGAGAAGGUCGACCCGUUUGAGAGCCUCUGCAGCGGCAUCAUCUCACAGCAAGUAUCCGGCGCUGCAGCUCGAUCUAUCAAGAACAAAUUCGUUGCUCUGUUCACCGAAGAGGCCGACGAAGAGGCGAAGAAGAGGUUCCCUCAUCCCUCAGAAGUCGCCGCCACAUCCAUUGAACGCCUGCGGACCGCCGGCCUGUCCCAACGAAAAGCCGAGUACGUCAAGGGCCUAGCCGAGAAGUUCGCGAGCGGCGAGCUGAGCGCCCAGAUGAUGGCUGAGGCACCCUACGAAGAGGUUCGCGAUAAGCUCAUCGCGGUGCGAGGUCUGGGCCUGUGGUCUGUCGAGAUGUUCGCCUGCUUUGGACUCAAGAGGAUGGACGUCUUCUCGCUGGGUGAUCUCGGCGUUCAAAGAGGCAUGGCGGCGUUCGAAGGGCGGGAUGUAAAGAAGCUCAAGGCCAAAGGAGGCAAGUGGAAGUACAUGUCCGAAAAGGAGAUGGCCGAGAUCGCGAGUAGAUUCGCGCCGUACCGAAGUGUAUUCAUGUGGUACAUGUGGCGGGUGGAGGAGACCGAUAUAAGCACGUUGGAGUAG